AUGAAGAGUGGGUUUGAAGAUUUCCCCACAAGGACGCAAUCUCCAUUUAGUAUAGGUCGAACUGCUCAUCCUGGUGCCGUUUUUUUAUCUUCUGAAUCAAAUCUUAUUCAACCGAACAAUCAAAUAGGUUCUGCUUCGAUUAUGCAAUCAUCUCCUUUACCUUCCUACGGCACCCCAUUGAGUUUGAACGAUCAAAAUUCACUUUUAUUAGAUAACAAUAGCACAAAUAAUAAUAACAAUAAUAAUCAUCAACAUCAUCAUCACCAUCACCCUCACCAUCAUAGCAAUACAAGUAACGGCAACAGCAACAAUAACAAUAGUCAUAAUUCAAUUAGCAAUAAUAAUAAUAGCAACAACAAUAAUAGUCAUAAUCAUUCAUCGUCUUCAGCAGCAGGAUCUGCUGCUCUUCUUUCUCCUACUCCUUCCUCAAUGUUCUUAGAUUCUUUCCAAAGUCCAGUUCCUCAGCAACAUCCAAAUUUGUCAAAUAUUUCACAUACUCCUAUGUCUUUGUCUCAGCAUCAGGUACAACAUUUAGAUCCAAGUGUGAUGAUAAAUUUCAAUCAGGACAUCACUCAAAUUUGUUCUUGGAUGUCAACUCUAUCAAGUUCUUUACAAAAUACAGUUAUCGAUAAUCUACUACCUCAUUUCAACGAAGAUGUAUUGCAAAUGACAAGAUUAAAAUUAGAUAGUCUGUUGAAUAGUGGUUUCACUUCGUCUCCACAAUUGACUCGUGUUUCUUCACCCAUCCCUGUAUCAAGAGAUACAAAUUAUCCAUUGACUAGCUUGGAUUUUGUAUUUGCCGAAAAUGAAACAAAUUCAAACUUAAGAAAUCAUCAAUAUAGUUCAAGUAUGCAUGAUUCAAACAGCUCAAUUUAUAGAACUUGGGGCAACAAUCAACCAAUGAUGAAUUAUUUGACAGAAUUUCAACAAAGACCAAAAUCUGUUGAUCCACACGUUAUCAAGACUUUAAAUGGCGGUAAUAAUAACAAUAGCCACAGUGGCAUUAUUAAUAGUAAUAAUAAUAACAAUAAUAAUGGUGGUAACAGCCAAUUCCCAGUUUCUAAAAAGCAAUACUAUCAAUCUUCUCAUUUGCAAUCCAAGGGUAUGUCAAGAGGUAGAUCUGUAAACGAUUACGAAAGUAAAAUUUCAAAUGGACAAUUCAAUCAAAAUAACACUAAUAUGCAUAAUCGUCAACGUCAUAAUAACAACAAUUCAAACAUUAACAUUAACAUUAACAACAAUAGCAUUAAUGGUAGCAGUGAUUCAUCUAUUUCAAAUAGCACUACUCCAACAAACCAAACUUCCAAUGGCAAUAACCCUACUAGCAGCUCAUCAUCUAUGAACCCAAAGAGUUUAACCGACCCAAAAUUAUUAUCUAAUAUCCCAGCUUGGUUAAAAUCAUUGAGAUUACAUAAAUAUUCUGAAGCGCUAAAGGGUAAAAAUUGGGUUGAGUUAAUUUAUCUAGAUGAUGGUAAGCUUGAAGUUUUAGGUGUCACCGCUUUGGGUGCACGUCGCAAACUAUUGAAAGCAUUUGCAAUUGUAAUAGAUUAUAAAGAGCGUGGUUUAAUUGAUGAAGCUUCAAUUGUCAUAGAAGAUACUGUAGAAAAUAAAUAG